GGGAGGGGAGCAAGUGUAGCCCCUCGAGGCAGGACGGUGGUGCGGAAGGCUUAAUGUGGUGGUUCUGUUACAUCAGGAGGGAAUUUGGGACAACCACUGACAUGAGUCCUGCAACUGCUAAGGCUCCAGGGAGAAAUUUGAGAGGUUGUUGCUAAGAAUAUAGGAUUUUCCUUGGAGGUCUUCUUUGGUGGUCAGUAAGGUACUGUGGGUGCCAUCUAUAAUCUCUAUUUGAUACCGCUUGAUACUUUGAAAACGGUAUUUGGGUCUCUUUUUGGGAUGUCCUUAGUGUGCCAGAGAAGGCUCUUUCUAGGCUUCCCGAGGAGGUUGCAGGGUUCUGCCCUGGGGGCUUCUCUGACCCCACAGAGAAGUUUCCUUAGUGAUCCCAAUGGGUCGUUCCUAAGCCUCCCCAAGGGAAUCCCAUCUGAAGGGCUCUCCAGAAGCUUCGCCAAAGCGGCUGGCCCAAAAAGUGUCCGGGACCUCAAAGAAGCCGACGAUGCUGCCCCCAUUUUCCAAUAUGUGGGGGGACACGCCAAGAGGAAAAGUCGACUGUUUGUGUGGGGUUUCUGUUACUCGGGAGCUUUGGGCAUCCCUAGUUUUGUCGUGCCGGAUGUGGGGUGGAAGAAACGGCGGAGGAUCCAGCCCACUCCAUAUCGUCUAGAUAUUGAGGAGAAGAUCUCUUCCGCUGCCUGUGGCUAUGGAUUCACGCUGCUUUCGUCCAGGACCACUGACAUUACCAAAGUCUGGGGGAUGGGGCUGAACAAGGACUCUCAGAUUGGAUUUCAUCGCAGUAGGAAGGAUCGGUCGCGAGGUUACGAAUAUGUCCUGGAGCCAGGCCCCAUCCCAUUGCCUCUGGAUAAGCCCCAAGAGACCCGAGUUUUACAAGUGUCGUGUGGCAGAGCCCACUCCUUGGUGCUGACAGAUAACGAAGGAGUCUUCAGCAUGGGCAACAAUUUCUACGGGCAGUGUGGCCGAAAGGUGAUCGACGGGGAAAUUUACAGUGAAAGUCAGCUAAUUCACAGACUGCGGGGAUUCGAGGACCGAGUUGUUCAGGUUGCUUGUGGGCAGGACCACAGCCUCUUUCGAACUGAGAAAGGAGACGUCUACUCCUGCGGGUGGGGAGCUGACGGCCAAACAGGUCUCGGCCACUAUGAUUGUGCCAGCACCCCGACCAAACUGGGUGGCGAUAUUGCAGGGGUCCCCAUUGUCCAGGUUGCUACUUACGGAGACUGCUGCCUUGCUGUGUCGGCGGACGGCGACGUUUUUGGCUGGGGGAAUUCGGAAUACCUGCAGCUGGCGUCUGUUACAGAACUGACACAGGUGAAUGUGCCAAGACACCUGCCGUUCAGAGUUGGGAAGGUGAAAGAAGCUGCUUGCGGAGGAACAGUCAACGCUCUCUUAAAUGAGGAAGGCCACGUCUUCGUAUGGGGCUAUGGAAUCCUUGGAAAAGGUCCCAAACUGAUGGAGGCAGCAGUCCCUGAAAUGAUCCCACCCUCCCUCUUCGGCUUCUCAGACCUCAGCCCAGACAUUCGCGUGGCUCGGAUCCGUUGUGGACUCAACCAGUUUGCUGCUAUUACCAAUCGAGGAGAGCUCUUUGUCUGGGGAAAAAACAUCCGGGGCUGUUUGGGAAUUGGCAGGAUGGAAGACCAGUACUUCCCAUGGAGGGUGACAGUGCCAGGCGAGGUGUUCGAUGUGGCUUGUGGGGUGGACCACAUGGUUACUCUGGCCAAGUCCUUCAUCUAGCAGUACCUGGCCAAUGCCAUGAAUUGCCCAGCCCAUUGGAGUUGGAAGGACACAACCAACAUGGGAAAGUACUGUCCUUUUUGUGCUGGUGUUUGCUUCUCCCUGAAUUCCUGGCACGCAGGUCCAUGGAGGGCGCACUCUAUUGGCACCUUCAUGAGCAACAGUGAGCCCAAGUCUGGGGGGACUCGUGUGAACAUAACUGAAGGGAAAAAUACUCCAGCCCGGAAAGAGUUUUACAGAGAUUGCUGUUUUAAUGAACACUCUUGCGGGACAACCCGUGGUAUUGUUUCCCUUUGCGAGAGGCUUACAGUUCAUGAAGCAAAUUUGUGCCCUCUUGUUUUACAAUGUGUGUUUGAAUCAUGAAACAGAACAGGCUAAAGAUGCCAGUUGAGAUGAUUUAAUGUUGUUUUCCCUCUCUCUCAAACCCGCCCCCCCUCCAAUUUAUUGUUUGGGGGCAGCUCUGCCUUGGGCUUCAUAAAAGUGCUGGACCAGAAACGAACAUUGUCGUGUUUGUUCCCAUGUAAUCACCUUCAGCAGGAUCCACUAUAAUCCACUAUACACCUAUACCCAAAGUGCAGGUAACAGCUCUUUGUGGACAGAGAGGAGGAAGGAGGGAUAGAAAGCUGACUCCACCAGGCUGUGUGGAAGACUCCAAAUUUCCCAGCUGAUUCAACUUUCUGCUUUCCCCAAGCGGGAUCCUAUAGUGCCAUUAAACACCUGCAAGCUGUAUUUGAUCACUGAGUAUGCUAUUUUCUUUUCUGAGCCUACAAGUGGCCCCGACCUGACUAAAGCCUGUCAUGGGGUUGGAACCCCAUUCAGUUUUCCACUCGCACAAGGCACUUCAGUCCGUGGAAGAGAACGUACCCCACUGCAGCCCACUGAUCUCCCCAAAAUGCUGCUUUCGGGGGUGGGGGGUGGGAAGAGCAUGAAAGGCAAAAUGGGGGUCUGCAGCAUGAAGGUGGAAUCUACCCCACGCUUACCAUUAAAGAAAAAUUUUAUCUGGUGCCAA